AUACUGUUUCCAUAAAGUUAAUAAAGCUAUCCAUCCUUUCUCUUCCUGGAAGCUCUCGUCUUCUGGCAGCAUCCAGGAAAUAGGGAUGAGCUAGAGUAAUAGUUUGUUAAGUAGGACAGACUCUCAGAUGCUGGGAAGUCCGUGGAAGUACAGUGGAGAAAGCAGAACAGAAAAAGCAAAGGAAACUAGGCAGCAGGGAGAGAUGGCAGGGUGGGGGUGGGGGUGUUAUUUUAGGUAGGGUCAUUAAGAAAGGUCCCUCUGGGAACUGCUUAAGAGGAAGGAGGUUGCUGGGAGUGGGAAGGGACCAAAGUACCUACACACGUUUAUAAAAAUGUCAUGAUGAAACCCGUUACUACAUAUAACUAACAUAUGCUAAUAAAAACACUUUUUAAAAAAUAGGCCAGUGAGAUAGCCUCAUGGGUAAACUUGCCGACUUUGAUAGUCUGAAUUCAGCAUACAAGACCUACAUGGUAGAGGGAAAGAACCACUCACACACCAAGGCACCUAUGCCCAUUUAUACACGCAAGGUAAAUGAGCAGAAUGUAAAAUAAAUGCCCUCUAACCGGGCAUGGCUGCUCCUGCCUUUCAUCCCAGCACUUGAAAAGGCUGAGGCAGAAAGGACUGCCCAGAAUUGGAGUCUCAGAGUAAAACCCUGUCUAAAAAACAAAACAAAAACCACAGAGAGGAGAAAGCCCUGGUGAUACAUUGAAAUUGGAGGUAGAAAUGAAGUUAGGAAACAAGUACUGACUAUUUGUUAUAUUCCAUCCUGAGGGACCAGGAGGGACCAAGGUCCUGGACAAGGACAGCCUAGUGGCUGAUGGGCGAAGAACAGAAGAUCGUGGAGGUUGUCAGGAGUUGUGGGGGUCAUGACAGGCCUUUGCAGAGUAGAUGGGCCUUGUGGGUUGAAUUGAUCAAGAAAGCUGUGUGCUCUGGUUUCUGUCUCAAGAGGACCCUGAUGCUAGGUGCAGAAUUGCUGGCUGCCCUGGGAACCUUGGUGAGAAAGUCCAGGUGACAGACGACAGUGGCAGUCCUAGCUGAAACUGGAGUGGGGGAAUGUGUCCUUAAAGCAGAGUACACAGGUUUGCUCACCCACUAGAUGUGGAUCCUAUGGAAGAGUCAAGAACGACCACAGAAGCUGGGCGUGGGGAUGAACACCUGUGAUCCCAGCACUCAGGAGGCAGAGGCGGGCGGAUCUCUGUGAGUUCAAGGCCAGCCUGGUUUACAGAGCAAGUCCGGGACAGCCAGGGCUACCAGAGGAACCCUGUCUCAAACAACAACAAAAACAACAAAUAAAUAAAAAUAAAAAGUCAUCUCAAGUGUUUAUUCUGAACAGUCUGAAGGAUGGAGCUAACUCUGGGGCAGGGGUACCUGACUGAGGCAGUUCACCAAAAGCCCUGUCUAGCACCCCGUGUGUCUGGUGCCAGAGCUGAAAUAUCUAUCCCUUUAGAAAGGAGGGCAGGGCUGGGGAAAUGGCUUAGUAGGUAAGAUCACUUGCUGUGAAAGCUUGAGGACCUGUGUUCCAAUCCUCAGCAUCCAUGGAAAAGUCUCUGCCUGUGUCUGUAAUCCCAGGAAUGAGGAAACAUACACUUUCAGCUCAGUGAGAGACCUUGUCUUAAAGGAGCGAGACAGAGGGCAGCAAAGGAAGACAGUCAUUGUCUCCCUGAGUGUCGGUGUCCUGGUCUCACAGGUUCCUUGGGGAAAGAGCGACCCUGCAGGAUGUCGCUGGCAGCAGGGAGAGCCAGCCUCCGUGGAUCGAAUCUCCAAUAGCCGAACAACAGCGUAUUUAUUGAUUGUUACACAAAAGUUGUUUUCUCAGCAAAACAAGUUCCUCAUACCAAAGCCCCUGAUCUAAUCUGUAUGUUUUGUGAAGGAGAACAUCAGACCCCGAAACCUUAGUCCUAACUGGGCACCAUUGGCAGUACCCAAUAGUGCAAGACAAUCCAGGUGUGCCAGGGUUGUCUCAUGGCCAAAGUCAGGCAAAAGCUGUAAAGCUCCUUCAGAAAAACAGUUCUACAAAUCAUAGAAAACCAUCACUGUUUUCCAUCAAGAUUUCUUCAAGGUCUAAGUUCUUCUAGAAAACAACUAUUCCUUCUGAUAUGUACCCUAGAUACAAUGAAAAACAACUACUUCAUUCUAGUGUUUACCCCAGACACAGUAAUUCUAGAAUCCCACUACAGCUGAGUCUGUGCUUGAGCACACAAAUACACAAACACACAUAUCUAAAUAAAUAAAUAAGAUAGAUAGAUAGAUAGAUAGAUAGAUAGAUAGAUAGAUAGAUAGAUAAUGGCCAGAGGCAUGGAACUGUUCCUUGCAUUUUGGAGAUCUUUCUGGAGCUGUGGGAUUUUGUCCUUUACUGUACCCAACUGGUUGACACAGAAGCAGCUUUCCUCCUUGAGGAAGAGGCAAAGGCCACCCUUCUCCACUGUUAGCUAUAAUCCUUGCUGAUUUUUUUCUAAUGGUUUUCAAGUGGUUUGCAUAGAGCCAAGAAUUAUUCUCAAAGCCACACAAUAACCUCCUUGUCCUGCUUAAAGCAGAUCGAAUGCCCUACCAUAUUGUGGGGCCAUUUCAGCUAAUGAGUCUACCUGAUGAUAGAUUUGAGUCUGUCUGGUUUGAACGGGUCCCUGCCGAAGGCACUAUUGGAAGCCAUUUUGUCCCCUAUGCCAGGGAGUUCUCUUUUGACCUAACAUUCCUUUUGUAGAGGAUAAGGGGUGAUGUGGUCUCCUUAACUACUUCCUGCUGAAAUCAGGACAUGGGUGUCAGGGCCUAGGAAGGCUGAAAUGCUAGUCAAAGAGCAGGAGGGGAUUCAGGCACCCCGCUGAAGAGACAGGAGGCAAUCUCAUCAGCUGGGGUGGAUCACGUCAGCUUUCAGCAAGUCCAGGGCUGGAAGUCAUUUUCAGCAACUGAUCCCUGCAUGGCUGCCAGCUGGGUGGAGAGCUGCCGAGACAGACAUAGACUAGGGACAGAAGUUAACGUUUGGGAACCUGAAGGAAAAUCAUACAUUUGGAACUUGCAGGCCUGUAGUCCUGGUAGUUGAAGAAGGAGAGUCGGACCAAGACGAAGGCAGGAAAAGGUCACACCCUCAGGAACAGGCAGGUGAGGAAACUCAGGCUGUACUUAACUGGAGAGACACCCAACCUUUAAGAGCACUGGCUGCCCUUACAGAGGGCCCAGGCUGGACUCAGAGCAUCCACAGGGCCGCUCACAGCACUCCAUGACUUGUUCCCAGGUAUCUGACUCCCUCUUCAAGGGCACCAUGCACUUAGUGCACAGAUACAUACGUGGGCAAAACACCCUUACCCGUAAAAGAAAAAAAAAUAAAUUGAAAAUCUCUAAAAAUAUAAUACACAUUUUAAAAAAAAAAAUAGGACGCUAGGGUCUCUGGAGAGAUGGCUCAGCAGCUAAGAGUACAUAAGUCCCUUCCAGGUCAUGUGGCCCCAGAAUUGCCUGUAAAUCUAGUUCGAGAGACUCCGAAGCCACCCAUACUCACAUGAGCACAAACAAGCACAUAAUUAAAAAUCUCUUGCGGGAGGGAAGGCAGAGAGGCGGAGGGUCCUUUAAGAGCGGCCGGUCAGAAGGUCCCGCCCUGACAUGCGUGCCCCGCCCCGCCCCCUGGAGGCGGGGCUCGCGGUGGUUUGAAAGAUCCGCGCUCUGAGCGGGGUGGCCCGGCUGCCGCGGAGUCGGGUUGUUCUUCUGCCGCUGAGAUGUCGGUGCUGAGGCCGAUGGACAAGCUGCCCGACCUGAACGGGGCUACCAUCUUGCUGGUGGGCACGGAGGAUGCGCUUCUGCAGCAGCUGGCGGAAUCGAUGCUCAAAAACGACUGUGCGUCGGACCUGAGGGUCCAUCUGACCAACUCCCUCCCUUUGUCCUCCGAUGUGAGCCGGCCCCGAAUUGACCUGAUUGUGUUUGUGAUCAACCUUCACAGCAAAUACAGCCUCCAGAAGGUGGAGGAGUCUCUGAACCAUGUGGACAGCAGAUUCUUCCUGGGGAAAGUGUGCUUCCUCGUCACAGGGGGUGGAAAGCUUUCGAGCCACCAUGGCACAGCGCCUGGUGCGCUUGCUGCAGAUCUGCGCGGGCCACGUGCCAGGCGUCUCAGCGCUGAACCUGAUGUCCUUGCUGAGGAGCCCCCCGUCCAAGGAGCCGUGAGUGCUGCCGCCCUCCCCACGUUUCAUGCCAGCUCCAUAAGCAGCCAGUGUGGGUGAAGACCAGUCAGGGGCUGACAGGCCCGGAGGCAGCCUGCUCACUGCGGGGCCAAGAUCGGCUCCACCAGGCCGUGCUGGGCAGGAGCGGGGAGGGAGCCCAGCAGUUGAAACCCCACCAGCCUCCUGCUCCCCGGAUCACCCACAGAGGCCCGUUCUCCACCUGUCUAACAGCGCACAUCCACCUGAGAUUCCUGUAGAACAAAGAGCCGCAGCUAAGCAAAAGCCCUGAAAAUCUGUCUCCCCCACCACUGACUCUGUACAUGAGGAGACUGACUCAGGACAAUUAAGGGGGCAGGCGGUGGCUUCCAGGAGCCCAGCGGAUGCUGGCCCUGCUUCUCUGACAGCCUGGCUGCUGCUCCCUGGAGCCUGUUCCGCUGGUGUGAGUUCCCCUGCUUCUUCUUGUUGAGGAUUGAAUAAAAUGGCAGAUGGCUUGCUGCCUGAGACUCUGUUGCUCCCUGC